CCAAAUCCAGCAACCCGACCUUUUUUCGGGUCCAAGAUACAGAUACAUUAUACAUAGAAGAAACUAGUGGAGUGGAGAGCAGACUGAAACAAGCGCUCAAGCUCAGGGGUUGCAAUCUGAUUAGGGUUUUGCUGCAAGCACUCGACGAGUUAAGCUGAGAUUUUCAUCACCAAAUCCAAUGGCACCACCUCCAGGCCCUUACUCUGGCACCAGCACCCUCGCCUUGGUUGCUCGUGCAUCGGCCUUCACUCUCGGUCUGGUUUAUGGAAGCGUGAAGCUCAGGGUUUCGAUUUGA